AGUGAAAGCUAUCUGCCAUCAGAGGAAUCAAGGUGAAAAUGAACAACCAAGAGAACCCAGAAGUGUGAAGAGGAAGUAGGAAACAUGUCUGAUAUAGUCAGUGAUGUUUGUGUGAUUGUGUCUUUUGUGUCAAAACCUCCUCUGAAGAUGAAGCUCUGCCUCAGUGUGCUUUACGCAGCUCUGCACAUCACUGUUGGUUGUACAAUAUCUGAUCCAAAACAUGACACCAUCACCAGAUCCCCAGGAGAGUCUGUUCUCCUGCUCUGCUCCUGUACUGACCUGCACACUAAACCUGAUGAGAUUCGGUGGAGAGGUCCUAAUGAUAACAAGAAAGAGUUUUAUAAGUUGACUGGAAAUCUGAAACCAAAAGUAAAGAAGCGUUACCGUGUUAGAGUCCAGACAUUCAGUGACACUUCUCCAGGAAACGCAUCCCUGCUUCUGUCUAACCUGACUGAAGAGGACCAGGGAGAAUACAUGUGUGUGAUCGAAACCAAUAGUAGAGGAGGAAUCAGAAUAAUCACACUCAUCAUAAAAAGAGCAAGGGCCGGACUCUUCAGCAUUGUGUUGAUUAUCAUCAUCCUGCUGGUGGGCGUGCUGGGGACAGCUGCAGUCAUCUACUGGAGAUACAGAAAGAGAAGAAAUGAACCAUCAGACAGCAGAGGGGAACACUCAGGGCAGGAACAACAGCAGAACGAGGAUGUUACUUACACCACAGUAGUCCAUGGGAACACAGCCAGAGCAGCACCCAGAGAUGCCAACACUGAGGAGGCCACGGAACAUGCCAGCAUCAGAGCAGACGGAGAUGUGACCUACUCAACUGUCGACCAUGGAAACAGAGCUACACCACCCCCCAAAGAGAUCAACACAGAGGAGAACACGGAAUAUUCCAGCAUUCGACUGGACAGAGCCUGACAAACAGAAGUAAUGUGAGAAGUGGCGUCUGUCUUCCCAACAGACACAAAAUGACUCUGAAUCACUGUGACUAAAUUAUUUGGGGCUUGACUGUACUUGCCAUUUAGGCCUAUUCUUAAUUAGUUUCUGUUUUUAACCAAUCUUUUUGUUCAUUUCAUUGAAAAUUCUGUAAAAUUAUGAGUUAUUUAUGAUCAGUGUGGAAUCAAGAGUACA